UACAUGUAGCGGUCGAUAUCAAAAGAGAAUCUAGCCACGAAAUAAAACUGGACGCCGGUUAGUUCCCAUUUCUUCCCCGUCGUUGUUGCGUCUCUCGUCCAUUGUGGGCCAGGAUUUUCAGCGAGGAAACUAAUCAAGCAAAUCAAAAAACAGCAGCCAUGCCUCAGAUUCAAAAACCAGCUCCUGCUUUCUCUGGUACCGCUGUUGUAAACGGACAAUUCAAGGAAAUUAAUCUCUCCGACUACAAAGGCAAAUAUGUUGUGCUCUUCUUCUACCCGUUAGACUUCACUUUUGUAUGCCCAACCGAGAUCAUUGCUUUCUCCGAUCGCGUGAAAGAGUUCAGCGACAUCAAUUGUGCAGUGAUAGCUGCAUCCACCGAUUCUCAGUUUAGCCAUCUCGCAUGGGUGAAUACACCUCGCAAACAGGGUGGUCUCGGCGAGAUGAAUAUUCCUCUGUUGGCAGACAAGAGCAGCAAGAUUGCCCGCGAUUACGGUGUACUCGACGAGGAUUCGGGAAUUCCCUUCCGCGGUCUUUUCAUCAUCGAUAGCAAGCAGAUUUUGCGUCAAAUCACUGUCAACGAUUUGCCUGUCGGAAGGUCCGUGGACGAAACUCUACGCUUGGUUCAAGCGUUCCAAUACACCGACACACACGGCGAAGUGUGCCCUGCUGGCUGGAAACCCGGCAAGAAAGCCAUGAAGCCCGACGUCAUUGGAUCAAAGGAAUACUUCAAGGAUCAAUAAAAUAUCAAUAGACAAUAAAAUGUUUCUUCAUACAUCCUAUUAAAUAUAUUUAUGUGUGUGCGUUUUAUACUCUCCACGCGUAAUUUGGCAAAUUUGACGCGUCCACACUUCCAUUUUUACUUAACAAUUAAGUACAAUUAUCAAAAUAUACAUUAAAACAUGUAUUUUAAUUUAA